AUGAACAUUUACAGUUUCUUGAGUGCGCUAUGUCUUUGCACUCUUUCCAUGUUUGUUUCAUCUGAUAAUCAAGAAGCAAUGCGAGAUCUCGUCACGGAUUUGCCUGGUCAAUCUAGUGUGAGCUUCAAACAUUAUGCCGGUUAUGUCCCAGUUGAUAAAAAGAAUGGCAGGGCUAUGUUUUAUUGGUUUUUCGAGGCUAUGAGACUCCCAAACCAGAAGCCUUUAGUACUGUGGCUUAAUGGAGGCCCUGGAUGUUCUUCCGUGGGAUACGGAGCAAUACAAGAAAUUGGUCCAUUUCUUGUGGAUAACAAAGGAAACAGUCUUAAAUUUAACCCCCACGCAUGGAAUCAUGUGGCCAACAUAUUGUUUCUAGAAUCUCCCGUUGGUGUUGGGUUUUCGUAUUCUAACACAACUACUGACUACAAAAAAAUUGGCGAUGAUUUUACAGCAAGAGACGCAUACGCCUUUAUCCAAAAGUGGUUAGAGAGAUUCCCAGCUUACAGAGAAAACGAUUUCUAUAUAGCAGGAGAGAGCUAUGCAGGAAAGUACAUACCCGAGCUUGCAGAGGUCGUUUAUGACAAGAACAUUGAUAACUCAUCACGUCACAUUAAGCUUAAGGGCAUUUUGCUUGGAAAUCCUGAAACAUCGGAAGCUGAAGAUUGGAAAGGAUAUGUGGAUUACGCAUGGAGUCAUGCCGUGAUAUCAGACGAGACAUAUGGAGUCAUAAGCAGGACUUGCAAUUUCAGUAGUAACACUACUUGGGAUGUUAAAGAAUGCAAAGAAGGCGUAGACGAAAUAAUAAAACAAUAUCACCAAAUUGAUCAGUACAGUCUCUAUACUCCUACAUGCAUUAAAAAUUCUACGCUUAAUUCUUCCGUUGAUUCGACCCGGUUCAAGACUAAUCUAGCCAACUCCAAAAUGAUACCAAGGCUGAUGGGUGGAUACGACCCGUGUUUGGAUGAUUACUCAAGAAUAUUCUUCAACAGGGCAGAUGUUCAGAAAGCUCUUCAUGCAAGUGAUGGUGUUCAUCUUAAGAAUUGGAGUAUUUGCAACGAUGAUAUGUUUGAUAAUUGGGCUGAUUCAAAGCCCUCGGUUUUGCCCAUAUAUAAGAAACUAAUCGCUGGAGGAAUAAGAAUAUGGGUUUACNNNGGAGAUACCGACGGUAGAGUUCCCGUACUUGGGACAAGGUACUGCAUAAAUAAAUUAGAAUUACCCAUCAAGACGACUUGGAGGCCGUGGUAUCACGAGAAACAGGUAAGUGGAUGGUUUCAAGAAUAUGAAGGUCUAACGUUUGCAACGUUCAAAGGAGCAGGACAUGAUGUACCUUCGUUCAAACCCAGCGAAUCCCUUGCGUUUUUCUCGGCCUAUCUAAAUGGAGUUAAUCCUCCUUUAUCGCGAUAG